AUGUCUGCGCGAUAUCCCCAAUCGUCAGGGUUUAACCCCCGUGAUCGUUCCCCUUCACAACGAUUCAAUGAUCGUCGACCCCCAGCCGGCCCUCGUGGCUCUGAUGAUGCAAAUCUACCCAUAGGACGAGAGCCGCCCAGAGGGCCACGGGCUCUAGUUGACCACCAUCCUCGAGUCAAUUCUUUCGGUAGAGGUCGAGGCCAUGGCCGUGGAGAAUUCCGUGAAAGGGAACGCGAUCCUCGUGGUGACCGUGAGAGAGAACGCGACCGAGAUUUCCGAGAUCUCCGCGACGGCCCGCCGCCAUAUCGUCGCGAGAUUGAGCGCGAAUGGAAUCGUCGCCCCCAUGAUUUUGAUGUGAGAGAGCCCCGCGGUGCCUUCGGCCGACGUUCGCGUUCGCCUCAGCAGCCUCGCGACUUCCGUGAUAUGAGAGAUCCCCCAGGCCGAGAGCCUGAUCUCGUGCGAAUGCGCCGUGGUUCCAGAGACAGUAUGAUGUCGGGGUCCUCUGCAGUUCCUGAUGGUCCUCCGCCCGUUGGCCAUCAUUCUCGCCCUGGUCCGAUCCGCGGAAGGGGAACUCGUGGUCGGAUGCCGUAUAUGGAUGAUCGCGAAUCCUUCCGCCGCCGGAGUAGGUCACGCGACCCAAGAUGGGACCGGGAUCGAGACCGCGACCGCGACCGCGACAGAGACCGACCGCUUGACCGUGAUCGUGACCGAGAGCGCAUCAUCGUGGAUCGAGAUAGAGACCGAGAUAUUCGGGACAUCGAUAGACGCGAUAGGGACCGUGAUUUGGAUCGCCGAGAUAGAUUCGAUCGCCGUGACGAAUUAGAUCGCCGCAUGGACCGUGACGAGCGAGGCAGGCCCGCAGUUUUUGGGAAGCGAGAUCGUCCACCAAGUCGGAACGAGAACCGGAAUCCCAGCAUUUCGUCCCUACCAUCUACUGCACCACCACCACCACCACCACCAUCAGUUCACAAUGGAGCUGCAUUGGCGGACAGGAUAACUGACCCGGUGAACGUUGAACCCCCUAGAAAGUCGUCCGCAGCAGAGCCCUGGCGUGAGAUGGAGCGACUGGACUCCUUACCCUCUCGACCGGAUACCGCAAAGGAAUUUAUACCCCCUGUUCCGAAACGCGCCACACCUCCCGCAGCUCCUCAGGUCCCAGCUUUUGGCUCAGUGACUGCGCCUAUCCCUGAUAUAGCGUCAGAGAAGCCUUCAGUCGAUGCACUUUCAGUGGCCCCGUCUCUGCCCGGAGCUGAGAAAGAACGCCAGGAACCGCCAGCGAGACCCCAAAUGCUCCCGCCAACGGGGCCGCGAGCGGAUCGUGGUCCGCCUCAUCACGUAUUGGAGCAGCGCGCUCGCCGUGAUGAAGCCAAGCGUGACGAGGCUCCUGAUCCCCUUGCGAAGCCAGAGAGUCCGGUGCGAUCAUUCAAGCAGCCUCAACCAUUAUCGGCCGGUUUGCAAAAAUCAGCGGAACUUUCCCCACCAACUGCUCCAGCUGCCAUGGUUGCCAAGGACGGUACGAUCACCCCUGAGUCAUCGCCUAGCAAAGUAGGCUCAUCCGCAGUCUUUGCAGACGCAGGACGGGGCGCCCACUCAGUGGGACGAUCCGCGUCGCCGGGAUCGCUCACUUCACCUCGCAUGCAUUCGGCGAGUAUUCCUACUGGUCCCCGGGCACUUCAACAGCGGCCCCAACCGUCUCGCGGACCUGCCAAAGGUAACAAACAAUGGGUUCGUCCUGGAUAUAAUCGUCCACAUUUUGCGACAAGUCCGACAUUACCACCAAAGAGGGAUUCAAUUGAUAUCAAGGACAGGAGCUCGUCUUUCGGCGAAGAAGUUAAGCGAGAUAUGAAAACGGAAGUUGAUGAGCAGCUGCCGAGCCCAAAUGCGAAUAGACCUGCCGUUGAAAAAGAUAGGGCUGCGCUCAAAGAGAAAGAGAAUAUUCCCGCUCCCGAAUCGUCCCCAAAGCCGCCUAUAGAACCAGCUACGAAACCCCAAGACCGCUCGCCUAGCCCUCCCCAGGUACAGGCGGUAUCACCUAAACCCACCGAAGACAAGAUGGAGGAUGUCAUUCCAGACUUUGGGAGGUCUAGUGAUGAAGAGGAGGAUGAGAAUGUGUUCACACAGGAAUACUUGGAAGAAAGAAAGCGAAUCUUUGAGAAAGACAUGCAAAUCCUCCGUGCUGAAAUGCCUACCUCGCCUCUGGAAGAUCCGACCAUCGUCGCAUUACUUAUGCGAAUCCAACUUCUAGGGAUGAUUGCAAAUGAGACUGAGCCUGAAAAGGCCCAGGAGCCUACGGCUCCAACGGAUGAUGUUGUUGAAGAGGAAGUGCAGGCCACUCCUCAGGAUAAUGACUUCGGCAAGAAGACCGAGGAGCAGGAGUCUUCCACAAAGCUUGUUCUGGAUUCGCUCCCAGCAGCGGUGUCUGUAGCGAAUCUUCCAUUUCUACAAUCUGGCCCUCCUACGCCCGUGUCCGACCUCGAUGUAUACCAAGAGAAUACUUCCACGCAUGAUCGCAUAAAGGCGAUUUUGCGUGAGGAGUUGAUUGACCACCGCAAGGCCGUAGCUAAGAAAAAUGCGGAGCUGCGGAUGCAAUGGUUGGAAAAAUACAAACAAUGGAGAUUAAGUGUGUGGGAGAUGGACCGUGCCAAAGAGAAGGAUAAGGCCUCUGUGACCCCAGGGCUUACCCCUCCUCCUGCACCGACCGCACCAGUAACGCCGAACCCCGUCUUAGAAGGCCGCUCCGAGGGGCGACGCUACAAAGGUAACAGCGAACUGGAUUUUCAAAAUGCUCUCCGUGCGUCUGAGAUCUCUGCUCAGGAGGAGCUCGCGCGGCGUCGCGAGAAUAAGGCUACUGCGUAUCCAGAUCUCACUCGUGAGGCGGUGAUUCCGGACAUGCUUGAACCUCGGGAAGCCAAAGCCCUCAUAUACAAAGAUACAAACAACAUUGUUGAUCCGUCUCGUGCCAUGGAGGUGUUCGGCUUCCUACCACCGCCAAAUGAUUUCACGCCUGAGGAGCACGAAACGUUCACCGAUGCUUUUAUGGCCCACCCCAAGAAAUGGGGAAAGAUCGCAGAAGCGUUACCUGGGCGGGAUUUCAAACAGUGUAUCAUUCACUAUUAUCUGACCAAGGAAGAAAUCAAGUACAAGGCCAAGUUGAAUAAGCGAUGGAGUCGCCGUGGGCGUGCUAGAAGAUCUGCAAGGGCUCCUAAAUCGAAUGCACUUAUGGCCGACCUGGGCGUCGUCAAACCUGACUAUGACGGUGAGGAGGAGCCCACACCUGUUACCGACACCGGCCGCCCGCGUCGUGCAGCUGCUCCGACAUUCGGUGGAGAUAAUUCUGCGGAUACGGAGCAGAGUGCCAGCGGACGUCGGGGUAAUGCCGCAAAAGACAGUGAAACGGGCGAGAAGCCUUCGGGAAGGCGGGGAGCACGCGGAGGGACUGGCGCUCGCGGUGGCCGCAGAGGUAAGGCAGCUCAGCAGCAGCAGCAGCAGCAACAACAACAACAACAACAACAGCAGCAGCAGCAGCAACAGCAAGCCUCAGUGCCACCACAGCAAGAUCAGCCCAACCUAACGACGCCGACUGUAUCGACCAUCUCGGUACCAACUACAGCAAUCACACCAAUGGCUGCUAUUGCAAAUUCCGAUGUCCCGGAGAUGGGUGCGGAAGCGGAUGCUGAUGCUGGUGUUGUGAGGUUCAAGGACCAACUAGAGGAUGACCGUGUCGAGAUGCCCCCACGUUCAAAGUCUGGCAGGGGUCGCCCUAAGGAUGCGGUAUAUGCUUUCGAGCCUUCAGAAACAGAGAGCACGACAGUCACCCCUGUCAAUGGCUCCGUCCGGUCGGCGGAGAUGAGCUACAACACGCCACCGACGACCAGCUAUUGGUCGGUUCCUGAGGUCCGCGAUUUCCCAUUGCUCCUAGCACACUUCGGCAGGGACUUUGAAGGUAUUUCUAAUUUCAUGAAAACGAAGUCUACACAAAUGCGGAGAAUUCUGUUUCUGACUAUUCAUUGUCAUAUUCAGGUCAAAAACUACUUCCAACGACAAAUCGAUCAUGGCAAGAAGGAGCUUGAGGAGAUUGUUGCGGAUGCGGAGAGCAAAAAGGCCCGGGGUGAACCUCCGAACCCGUUGCCAAUUCAAAACUUCACGUCUAAACGUCGGUAUGAAGCGACGCCUUCGGCCGUUAGUAUGUCCAGGCCUCUUGCGCCACUUACGGAGGCGACCCCGGAGUUGGACGAGAACCGUCUCGCGCCCACUGCCAGACACACUGCAAUGCCUUCGCAGCCAAUCUCCCUACACUCUCGUCCUCUUCACGAGCGGGAGCGUAGUGUUUCUCGAUAUCCACCGCUCGCGCAAGCCAGCAGUGCCCCAAUAGUUCCUCAGUCACCCGCAAUGUCGGUGGCCGACGAGUCGUCCCGGACGAUCCAUACCCAACCUGGGUUGCCGCCGCGAAUGCAGGGGCCACGCUUAGGUUACUUCGACGAGAGGCCGCCGACUGUGCUAUCCCAUGCAAGUUCCCGAACUCUUGAUCAUCCCUUAUCUUCACGGCAAGUUGCUGUGUCUGCGCCAGAUAUGACGAGGAUGGAGCCGCUGUCCAGUCAAGGGUUCAGGGGCGUAGAUGUGCACGGAUCGCCUUUGCUGUCUAGCCAAAGUUCAACAGCUCCGCCACAACCCUACCUACAACCUUUGGCACAGCCCCACGCUCAGACGCCAUCGCUUAUGUCUCAUGGCUCGCACUCACGCCAGCCUAGUUUGACAAAGCCUCCAAACUCCCCACUUCAGGGUCUUGGAAGGCACGAGUCAGAGAUGUCCCAUAUUCGACGCGAUUCCUUGGGCCAGAGGUCUUUCUAUCCGCUUUCUGUGCAUCACGUUGUGGCUUCGCAGCCACCUCCCGUCAUGUCCCCGUCUCGAGAUCCUCUCCGCACGACUUUGAACCCGGUUGAACCCCCUGAACCUCCUCGCCAGGUGCCUGCCAAGCGAUCUAACAUUAUGAGUAUUCUAAACGAUGAACCCGAGGAGCCACAACCUAGAAAGCGGUUCGCAAGCGAUCAGGCUUCCUCCGUCACUGGAACUGCUGUUGGCUCUCCCUCGCGGCCUGUGUACACUGGAGGAUCUUCACUUCCGCAGUCAAUUCGACAAGAAGAGCCCAUACUCUCGACUUCUCAGCAAAAAGGUCCAUCUUAUCCUCAACAAAGUCCCUAUCUGCCGCCUUCGCGCCCGUAUUCCGAGUAUCCCUCUUACAACUCAACGACGGCGACAUCGGGAACUGCUGGGAACACUGAUUGGCUAGGUCGAUUCGAUCCUCGAGGUCAACAGCAAUCCCAACAACCAUCCUCGGCUCCUCCGCCGCCCAGCAGCCGUCCACCUACAACUCUGGCCUCACAACCCCCAUACUCACCUUUUGCCUCUGGUCAAAUCUCGUCUAGUCAGCUAUCAAAUCUCAAUGCUCCGUCCCCUGUGCCAACACCGCCUCCGGUGCCGGCUUCUCAGCGGCAGCCAUACCCUGCUUCUGUUUACGCGCCAUCACCAGCGCCACAUCCCCAGGCUACGAGCGCGGGAUCACGUGAUGUGUCUUCUCAGGGAUCCAUGUACAGGUCUGGCAUUAACUCCCCAACAUUGCGGAGUAAUCAUGUCACAUACCCAUCGCGUUCGGGGCUCUCCUCGACAUCAUCGUAUGGUUCGGCAACACAGACAGUGCCGACUUCUGGACAUAUGCCAGGCACGCCUCAACAACAUUCAAGUGGGCCUCCGGCAUAUCAGCACAUGCAACCCCUGGUCGCACAUCAGCCUCAGCCUCAUCGACCGCACAUGGGCCUAGCCGGAGCACACUACGGUCGCAGCACGCCGCCGCCGCAAUCACAAGCGUCCAGAAUGCCGCCUCUAGCGGGUCCCGGAUCCCAACAGAUAGGUCGUUCCUACACCCCUCCGGUAAUGCUGCAGCCGAACUCGUCAGGUGGGAUGGCCUAUGCACCAAGUGGGCCUGUGGGUUCCCACCCUCUUGGAGCACGGCCGGCGGGACCUGGCUCUCUGAGUGAAUCGAUGUCUGGGCCGCAUGGAGGCUCGGCUCAUAAUCGGGUUUACAGUCAAGGAUCGAAUCCGUUUCCCGGACCGUUACCGUCUCAGCAUUCCAGUCGGUGA